AGCAUAACGACAAUCACUCAGAAACAUCUUCUCUGACCACUCAACUGCCAGGAAAAGAGCUGACACUUAGAUCCACCACUCAGCAGCGUUGUUUUCAGAGACUACGAGACUUGGACAUCCGAAACACCACACACAGGAUGAAUACCUUAUUUCUCCUCCUGGUGGUUCUCUGUCUUUGUGAUGAUGCUGCCUGCACUCCCACGUGCAACAACCAGUGCUGUCGCUUCGUGGAGGGAUCCCCGGUCAGGCUUAGGAGACUGCGCCAAGACUUUGCAGUCAUCAGGGACUACUACGAAGCUGAAGAUGAUUUGGAGAUAGGUCUGCUCGAUCAGAGCAUUGAACACUCCUUAAGGAGUCCGUUUGGUUGCCAUGCCAUGAAGAACAUAAUUGAAUUCUACUUGAAGACGGUUUUACCGACGGCUAUUGCUGACAUGACGGAGGAAAACAAGAAUUAUAAACCACACAUUGAGUCCAUACAGUCAAUAUUCGACCAGCUGAAGGAUGACAUGAUCAAAUGUAAGAAUUACUUUCAGUGUAAGAAGCCCUUUGAAAUCACACAGUUGAACUCCACAUAUACUCAGAUGGAGGGGAAAGGACUCAAUAAAGCCAUCGGCGAGUUAGAUCUAUUAUUUAACUUCAUCGAGAUGUACCUUGGUUCAAAACGACGUCAGUGAUCUCCUCUACAACCACGGUGUUCCCCGAACGUGACCUUUCCCUCCACCUGCACUGCGCUGACUGGAAGAACCUGCUGCAUGGGGUUCUGAUGGCUUUGUCUGAUGUCUUUUGUCUUUGAGAAUUCAAAUUCAUAAUAUAUUUGUCCCGAGGACAAGUUUUCACUGAGGCUUCAAAUUCAUAAUAUGUUUGUCCCGAGGACAAGUUUGUACAUAUUUAACGUGCCGAUGUAAAG